CAAGAGGAGAGAAGAGAAGAGAAGAGAAGAGAAGAGAAGAGAAGGGAAGAGAGAAGGGAAGAGAAGAGAAGGGAAGAGAAGGGAAGAGAAGAGAAGAGAAGAGAAGAGAAGAGAAGAGAAGAGAAGAGAAGAGAAGAAAGCUCUUUAAGAAUACUGGUGAUGUUAAUGGAAAAUUCCAAGUAA